GUCUCAAAUUGGGGCCCGAAGUGCCCAAUUGGUCUCAAGUUAGGGCCUGGCUUCGCCGGCCGGUCAAAUGCUCACCGGCCGGCGAGGAAGUUACUGUUCCGGCGAGGGCAGUUUUGUCCAGAUAAAAUCUGAAUCAAAGGAAAAGGCAAUUUUAUAAAAACAAAACUUGCGUUUUUCUUUUUCCAACCCCAACCCACUUCUGAUAAAAAGAAAAACCCCAAUCCACUCUGAUGAACGAAAGGGAUGACCUGAAAGACUGAGGCGGUGGGUGACCGGCGGUGCGUGACCGGUCGGCGGCGUGCGAUCGGCGGCGGGGGCGGCGACGUGUGACCGGGCGAUCGUGUCUUUCCUUCACCCAUCUUCUACAGCUACAAGAACUGAUCCUCCGUUCGUGCUCGCAUUCGAAGGGUUGACAGUUGGAAGAAGGCUCUCUGGCACAAGCAAUCUCUUGAACAUGGAUUACCUCUUUGGGGUGGCAUGAAAAUAGGGAUUAGAGGAUUCACCUCAGCGGAGAACCUCUCCUACGAUUCACACAAAGCGUUCGUGUCUUUCGUUGGGUGAAUCCGUCGAGAAGGCGAUUGCAAUAUUUGAAGUAACAUGUUGAGGCGUGGGCAUGUCGUGGAAUACUACAGUAACGGCAGCGACGACAGUGAUAUAAAGGAAUACUGUUUAUCAAUCGCUAAAGAAGAUUGCAGAUGCCAAUCUGGGUCCUUUAUAUCGUGUGAAAAGACAUGCAAGUAUGUUCAUUACGAGCUUGACCCAACACCAGAUGCGCCACCAAUGAUGAUGGGGACAGCAGCAGCGCCUCUCAAGCCAUUAAAGCCACAGCGUGCAGAAUACUGUUUGGAAGUAGAACUUGGUGAAGCACAAUGGAUCAAUUGUGAUAUCGGGAACUUUAGAAUUGAUGUGAUAGGGCAAUUCGGAGUUAUAAUGGCAGAUCCUCCAUGGGACAUCCAUAUGGAAUUGCCUUAUGGGACAAUGCCAGAUGAUGAGAUGCAAAAUCUCAAUGUCCCUGCAUUGCAGAUUGAUGGCCUGAUUUUUCUGUGGGUCACUGGACGUGCCAUGGAGCUAGGACGAGAAUGGUGGUUGUCACUUGGUAAUAAGUUGAGCGGCGCACGAUUAGUAGAAGAAGGGCUGCAAGCAAGAUUUAAGCCGGCUUACCCUGAUGUUGAGGUGCAACCGGCGUCUCCUCCAAGGGCUUCGGUGAUGGAAGUUGACUUGGCUGCUGCUCAUAUGAGGAGUCCGUUUGCAGCAGCGGACCCCAAGUCUGCUUCCGCGCAGUUUUCAGAACCUGCAGUUUCUGGAGCUAUGGGGGUCGAUAUAGUGAGCUAGAAUGGCGCCAUCCGGUGGAGUGAUGAAGUAAUUAAACAUCAGUUUGUCUAUUUGCAUUGUUACUGCCUUUUGGGUGUUGGCCAUUUGUUCCUUGUAAUUGUUGAUUGGAUUCAACAAUUUCGGCCGCAGAUGUCCUUGGAUUAUUC